CCUUUGCAAGAAGUUCUGACAUUUCAAGCCUCCACUCAACAGCAGCAUGAUGACCUCCUGAACAACGUGGAGCAAAAAGCAUAGAUAGAUAGAUAGAUAGAUAGAUAGAUGAAACUGUCUUCUUGAUGGGACAGAGGCUUUGUGUCACAAACUUUUGCAUCAGACGCAACACAGACUCUCACCUCACGGUCUGUACAAGGGCAGGAGGGAGGAGAGACCCUGAUGAUGAAGUGACGUUGGGCGUGUACCGCGCUCCAGAAUUCUUCGCCCACACCAGCUCUUUGGUUGCUCGGUCAAGAUGUGAGCGGAUGAUUUCUUUUGUUUAACACCGUGGACUUCCUGAUUUGGGGGUUUUCUUUUGUGUUUUUAUUUUUUAUUUUUACUACUUUACUUUUUGACCCACUUCCCAUUUCAUACGUUGUGGUGCCAAUGGUUGAUUUGAAGGUGUAUUUGCUCUGACCUGGAUAAGUUACUGAAGCCUGAUGAAGAAUAAGGCUGCUAAGCUGAAGUCCAAAAGGAAAGGAAGUGAAAAUGCAUUCGGCUGUGACUUGACUGAACAUCUGCAGACUUCAGGACAAGACGUUCCUUAUGUUCUGAAGACGUGUGCAGAGUUCAUAGAGAAACAUGGGAUUGUGGAUGGAAUUUACAGACUCUCAGGAAUCACAUCCAACAUUCAAAAACUCAGACAAGAGUUUUGCUCUGAAUCCUGUCCCGACCUCACAAAAGAAGUGUAUCUUCAGGAUAUCCACUGCGUGGGCUCUUUAUGUAAGCUGUACUUCAGAGAGCUUCCCAACCCGCUCCUCACCUAUGAACUCUACAAGAAAUUUACAGAUGCAAUGUCAGUUAAAGAUGAGCAGGAGCAACUCCAAAACAUCAGGAGUGUCAUAAAAGAACUUCCUGUUUCACACUUGAGAACUCUGGAAUACCUCACCAAACAUUUGACACAUUUAGCUACCCUCAGUCAACAAACCAACAUGCAUGCUCGCAAUCUUGCCCUGGUGUGGGCUCCAAAUCUACUUCGCUCCAAGGAGGUAGAGGUGCCCUCCUGCAAUGGUGAUAUAGCAUUUCUGGAGGUGCGAGUCCAGCAGUCAGUUGUGGAGUUCAUUCUCAACCACACUGAGCAAAUCUUCAACCAGGAUGGUCAGCCAUCCAAGCCCAGAGAAGGCCCUAGCUUGGCCUGUGGGGAGAAGUAUGCCACCUUGCCUGCCAGCACGCAGUGUGGGCCCAUGAAGCUCAUGAGUCUCGAAGAGGCGCAGGCUCGCUCUCUCAGUCCCAACCACCCAGCAAUGAGAGAGAGGCAAAGAGAGAACAGCCUUCCAGAUACCAGCACUGCUGCAAUGUAUCAUACAGUAAUAGAUCUGUCUGACAGCAGAAGAAAAUUCUCAGGGAAAUCUAAGAAGUGGAAGUCCAUCUUCAGUCUUGGACGAUCUGUAAUCGACUCUAAAGGGAAACUGAGUCGCAAUGGGAGUGUGUUUAUGAGAGCCCAAAAUCCCUCAGAAAAACCUGCUAUAAGGCCGUCCAAAAGCAUGGACUCUCUCUGUUCCUUUCAGGCAGCAGAUGAUGACAAAGCACCAACAGAAGGAAGCAACGGUAUCUUUAUCCCAGUUCUAAAAUCCCGAACCCUGGGCUCAGAUAUUGACUACAAUCUGAAUGAGAAGGAUCAAAAAAGAGAAGGAGCUUCCUCUUCAUCUCCAACUUUAUCCCCACUGCAGAAAGCUCUUCCAGAACAGCUGAAGGUUUUCAAAGGUGAUGAACGCAGUGGCUGCCAGCCCACAUCUCCCAAAAACCGCCGGAUGUUGUAUUCUGGAUCUGCCAGCAAUGGAUCUAGACCGUCUUUUCCAGGCAGCCUGUUUCCGCUGGAGUCAUCGCCACGGCACCAGCGAAAGGCCCUCAACAUCUCUGAACCUUUCGCAGUGUCUGUACCUUUGCGUGUGUCUGCAGUUAUUAACUCUAACAGCACCCCCUGCAGGGCACCAGGGAAAGAGCGGGACAGGGGUUUGGGGGGACUCUUUAAGCCCACUAAGGAGGCUGGGCCUCUGGAACCCCAUAGCAGUGAAAGUAUUGGCACUGCUGGAUUGCGGGUCCCCAGCAGUGGGAACUUUACGUUCACAGACUGGGAGACAGGACUGCCAGGUCACACCAGCAGUACUGGGUACAGAGAGCACCCACUCAGUGACAGCAGUGGAGGCAGCGGAUGCAGUAUCUAUAGCAACAGCAGCUCUUUCCCUGUGGAAAAUGAGGAUCAGAAUGGGGAAAGAGAUACUACAGACGUGCUCACUCUGGGGACAGCAAAGAGCAAGGAUGCAGAAGUGAGAGAGCUGAUCGCCAGUGUGGAGAAUUUUGAACCUGACACUAAAGAAAUUAAGGAAGAACCGGAAACUACAUCAACUCAACAAGAUAUGGCAAAAUUGGACAAACUGGAAGUAAUCAAAAAGGUGCCAUCAUCUGACAUGCAUCAAAAAGUUUCAGUCACAGAGGCUAAACCAAACAUGCCAGAUGUACAGGUGAAGCCCAGUUUCACCAAGAUUACUGGAAAUGAGGACACUUGCAAGCUAAGUGCCCAAGCACAGAGAAGAAGUAGUUUGCCUAACAACACUGCAACGCCAAAGGGACUGUUUAUAGACCUUACCAAAAAUGUAAUGUUUGAUCAUUCUGGUGCUACUACUUUUAAUUCUGUCAUGAAGCAUUUCCCUGAAAGAUUGUUGUCAUGUGAUGGUAGCUGGAAUUACUUGGAUAAUUAUGUUGACAGGACAGACCACAAAAGCCUAGGGUUGCAAACCAUAAUAACAACCAAUCUAGAACUUUCCCCAUUUCUACACCUAAAGGAAACAGAUAUUCUCCAAGAUGCAGAGCCAUGCAGCGAAGAGGAACUAAGAAAAGGUCCUGAUAAGAAAGACAACACUUCCAAAAGUGACUUGUCAGAUAAUUCAAGCAGCUAUGCAAAAUCGGAUGUUCACACGUCUCUUCAGUCUGACACAAAAGAACCAUUAGUAUCAAAGGACAUUUGUGAAAAAGAAAACGAGAUUAGUGAUGAAUCCCAGAAACUUGACUUAGCAGAAAGAAUCAAGGGAAGUUUGGAAAGACUCUCGACUUGUCUGAAUGAGCAUCACCACACACUGGAAAGUUUUUAUCAAGAUGAUGUAGACACAUGGGGGAGUCAUUUGGGUGGUUUGGAUCAGGUUGAACCAUGGGAAGACUUGUGUUCCGCCAAGCAGUGGGUAACCAGCCCUCUGCACUCACCAAAACUUGAGGAUCACUUACCUACACCAAGAGAGACCAUGCCAUGUCAAACAAUUCACAGCCAAGUUCUUGACAUUCCAAAAGUGGAUGACUCGCCCAACAGCAAGAAGGCUGAAGCUAAAGAACCAGCUGUGCUUAAUGACAUUACAUCAUCUCAAAAAGAGGCUGCUGUGACAGCCUUUGAACUUGGAAACUCUGACUUCCAAAAAGGAAACAAAAAUUCAGGCACAGAUGUAGCUUGUUUUGCACAAAUAAUUGAGCAUUUUGACAGUGAUAACCUCAAGUGUAUGGGAGACAAAGAUGGCAAAAAACUGGAGAUUCCACAGGUUGAGAUAUUGAAGACAUUUACUGAUCCAGAUGAGACUACUGGGCUGCAAAACAUGAGCAAACCGAAACAGAAACGCUCUUCUACAUCUCAGAGGUUUCAUCGACAAACAUCCCAUGAGUCCUGCAUUGUGGAGAGAAAUCAAGAAAACAUUAAACCCAAAUUCAGGCCAUGCUCUCUUAACCUUGAUUUAGGACACCAAGGUGUCAGAGACAUUUCAAAUAGCCAGUAUCUGAAAAGUGCAAAACAUUCAAAUGCACAGGAAUGGUUGACUCCUGAAGGCAAGCAUGGUAGCUCAUCUCUAGAGUUGGAGCUAUUCCUCAGUGGCUCCAAGGCCCCUAUGAGACGCAACUCAGCACCAGUUAGCGUGUCAUCAGUUCGUACUGCAUUCAUGAUCAAAACUUGCAAAGCUAAAGCUGUUCCUGUUAUUCCACCAAAAAUUCAGUAUAGCCACAUACCUCAUUCUCUACCUGAGGGGAGCACUGAUCAAGUCAAUAAAAGUACAUCUGAAAAGAAACCUGCUAAGAGCAAGUUGGGAAAAGCAGGUUCUGCACUUCCCUUUCAGAAAGUCCACAGGGAGGAUGUGCCAAGCAGUGAAUCACUAUCAGCGGUCCAAAGACAGAUUCCUAUGAGCGAUGCGACAUGCAACGAGAAUUACAAACCAACCUCCAUUCCAGACCUUCCAGUAUUGAGAAGGAAGCGAUCUGCAAAUGGGGACACAUUUAUGGAUCGUCCUAGACCUGAGCGCUCAUCGCUUCUUCAGAGAUCAUCCUUCAGAAAUCGUCCAAGACCUCAAAGUCUCAUCCUGUUCAGCCCUCCAUUUCCAAUCAUGGACUACCCUCCGGUAGGGGAUGAUGGUAAACUAGUCCUAUCUCCUAUUAAAGCCGAAUCAUCACCAUUUGAUAUCUAUUCAAAUGAACUAGCAGAAAACCUCAAAACUACUGAGGGGGUAACCUUGCGUAAUAAAAUGACUUUGCCAAAGAGUGGACAAAGGCUUGAGACCUCAACCAGUUGCUUUUACCAGCCACAAAGGAAGUCAAUGAUAUUCGACAACAGAAGUAACAGGCAAAUUGAAUGAGAUAAGACUGAUCCAUUACUGGCCAUCAUGCAAUAACUAGCAAACCUCUUGCUUAUUAAUUGUGACCGAGUGUCAGUAUACCAAGAAACACACAAUGAUGCUUGGAAAUCAAGGUGCAGUUAAUCCUGAUAAUACAGAUUUGUAAGUAUUAAGCUUUGUGUAAAAUGCUGCUGCUAAGGAUUUAUAUCAGAUUUUUUCCAUAUUUGUAAGGAAAACUGAAACAUGCCUGGGAAACUCAGCAAGCUCCUACUGUCUAUGUAAAUACAGACUGUGCAAGCAUGUCUCCAUUUAAAUUGACUUAAUUCCCUCUCAUGUGGGACUCAAGGUCUUAAUGUCUGUUAUUACUUUAUCAUUAUUGGAAAUAUUUUGUUUACAAUUGGAGUCAUUUAUACAUUAUCUACAAAUCCGCAUAAGAAAAAACAAAAAACAGUUUCACAAAAUGACAAAACACACACACACACAAAAAAAACAUCUAUUUAUUCCAUAUUGUCUUGUUUUGCCAUUUUCAUAGUCCAUAAAGAAUAAAAAUCAAUUUGUACAAAUGUUUAGAGUAAAAGUCCAGUGGUUUAAAGAUAUUUUAAAGGUCAAUGUCCUUGAAUAAUUCAAAUCUUUUUUCAAGCUGGGUUCUCUCUUUUGUAGAUAAAUUUUUAUAUAUUUUCAAAUCUCCUGAUUAUUUGGUUAAUAGAAAUGUAUAUAAAAAAAGAUACAGAGGUCUCAAAAAAUAAGAAUAUAAAAAAAAAAGUCCAUGUUUUAUAUAAACCUUAAAGCAAAGAAGUUUUGACAAUGUAUUCUGAAGAAUGGCAGGGACAAGGAUGAAAGAUCAUUGAUGAUGACGUUGUCAGCUGUGUAUUCAGACAACACUUACCUUGUAAAAUGCUCUUUUUGUAUUCAAUAAAAUUGGAUUUAUCAUA